AUGGCUGGAAAGGGAAUUGGGUGUCUCAGCGAGGCGCUGGGUGCGCUGAGGAUAUCUGCGCCCAGGUUGGCGACGACGACGGGCUUCAGCAGACAGUUUGCGCGGUCAAUGGCUACAGAGGCGCCGGCAAAAGACAUCACGAGAUCAGCUUCCAAUGCGCAGUCCCUGAUGCAGUCCUGGAACCCGAUCUCAACCGUCCCCGUCACCAUCCACAGCUUCCCAUCCCUCGAGCCGCAGUCCCUCGAGCAGUGGUCCGUUCAGCAUCUCUACCUCCCCCUCCGCCGCGACCUCCUCCACCUCGCCGUCGUCUACGAAGGCGACAACACCCGCCAGGGCACCGCAUCCUCCAAAACCCGCUGGGACGUGCACGGCUCGCACCGCAAGAUGCGGCCACAGAAGGGAACCGGCCGAGCUCGCCAGGGCACCAGACAGAGCCCGCUGCUUCGCGGCGGAGGAAAAUCGCACGGUCCUCAUCCUCGCGACUUCGGAACCAGGCUGAACCGUAAAGUCUACGACAAGGCGUGGCGCACGGCGCUGAGCUACCGGUAUAGACGGGGCGAGCUGAUCAUCUGCGAGGACGGCAUGGAGCUGUCGAUGCCGGAGGAUUUCGAAAUCGUGGCGGACAAGUACUUAAAGGACGGGCUGAGGGAGGCAUAUCUGAAGAAGUACAUGUCUGGCAUGCUCAACACGCUGGGGCUUGGUCGCGACGACGGCCGCACACUGUUUGUUACUGGCGAUAGGAGGGACAGGCUGUACGAGGCCAUGGAGCAGGUGCCGUGGGAGGGACGAGCGCUCGACGUGGAGGAUGUGGAUGUCAAGGAUUUGCUGGAGACGGGCAAGGUGGUGAUGGAGAGGAGUGUGCUGCGGGAGAUGAUUGAGCAGCACCAGAGUGAUCUGGUGAGCCGGAUUGUCAUUAAUGGGUUUGCCAAGGGGGGGCCAGCGCUGGGUGAGAAGGAGUUGUAA